GUUUCAUAUCAAUUGCUAUUCAAGAUUUCUCAUUAUCAAUCAACUACUGAUUUGAUACAACCCCUACAAUUGCUUACACUUAUUCAACCUACUUAUAUUCACAUCCUAUAAUCUCGUUUUUUAAUAUUCUUAUAUUUUCAUAUUCUCAUUUUUUUGCACAUUCUUAGAUAUCUUUCAAAAUUAAGAUGGAAAGUUCCAAUUUUACAGACAGAGUUUUAACAAUAAUUGAAAAUGCUCAAACUAUUGCUCAAGAUCAAUCUCAUACCCAACUCUUGCCUUUGCAUGUUCUAGCUGCAAUGACUGAGCCCGAAAAGGAUGGUUCACCAUCCUAUUUGAAAACUAUAAUCGAAAAAUCAAGAUUUGAUUGGCAAGUCUUUUUAAGAACUGUUAACAAAAAUUUGGUUCGUUUACCUUCUCAAUCUCCUCCUCCUGAUAAAAUAACUCCCUCUUACUCCACUGCCCAAGUAUUGCAAAAAGCCGAAAAAUAUAAAAAAUCUCAAAAGGACUCUUAUAUCGGUCAAGAUCAUAUACUUUUAGCUUUACUAGAUGAUUCACAAAUCGCUCAAAUAUUUAAAGAGUCAAACAUAUCAAAUUUGGAAACAAUUAGAAACGCACUACUAGAUUUAAGAGGCAAUAAAAAAAUUGAUUCAAAAGUCGCUGAUACAACUCAACAAUACGAAUUUCUCUCUAAAUACGCUAUAAAUUUAACUGAACAAGCAAGACAAGGGAAACUAGACCCUGUUAUUGGUAGAGAAGAAGAAAUCAGAAGAACAAUUAGAGUCCUUUCAAGAAGAACUAAGAGUAAUCCUUGCUUAAUAGGUGACCCCGGUGUUGGUAAGACCUCAAUUGUUGAAGGUGUUGCCUUAAGAAUUAUUGACUCAGAUGUCCCCACCGUUUUGCAAAAUUGUAAAUUAUAUUCGUUAGAUGUAACUGCUUUAAGAGCUGGUGCUAAAUUUCAAGGUGAAUUUGAAGAAAGAGUUAAAGGUGUUCUUAAAGACAUCGAAGAUUCAAAGGAAAUGAUCAUCUUAUUCAUUGAUGAAAUUCACAUGAUUAUGGGUGAUAACAACUCAGCCGCUAACUUGUUAAAACCAAUGUUAGCUAGAGGCUCUUUGCACUGUAUUGGUGCAACAACAAUCACAGAGUAUAGAAAAUAUGUUGAAAAAGAUGGUGCCUUUGAAAGAAGAUUUCAAAAGAUCGAUGUUAAAGAACCAAAUGUUAGAGAAGCGACUGCCAUCUUAAGAGGUUUGGCCCCAAAAUAUGAAAUCCACCAUGGUGUUAGAAUCUUGGAUUCUGCUUUAGUAACUGCCGCUGUUCUUGCUAAAAGAUACCUAACUUAUAGAAAAUUGCCUGAUUCUGCUGUUGAUUUAAUCGAUGAAAGUGCUGCAACUGUCGCUGUAGCAAGAGAUUCGAAACCCGAAGAAUUAGAUAUGAAAGAAAGACAACUACAACUAAUUCAAGUUGAAAUCAAAGCACUUCAAAGAGAUAUCGGAACAGAUGCUUCUACCAAAGAAAGAUUGGAACAAGCAAAACAAAAAGAAGCCUCUCUAGAAGAUGAAUUAAGACCGCUUCGAGAAAGAUUUAACCAAGAAAAAGCAGGCCACGAGCAAUUAACUUCUGCUAAAAGAAAAUUGGAUGAACUAGAAAUUAAAGCAUCAGAUGCUGAAAGAAGACAUGAUACCACUACCGCUGCCGAUUUAAGAUAUUUUGCAAUUCCUGAUGUUAAAAAUCUUAUUGCAAAAUUGGAAGAAAAAGUCGCAGAAGAAGAAAAGGAUUUGGGUGCAACAGCAAUGAUUCAAAACGUUGUUGGCUCAGAGCAAGUUGCUGAAACCGCAGCAAGAUUGACUGGUAUCCCAGUUUCGAAAUUGACUCAAACUGAAAAUCUAAAAUUAAUUAAUAUGGAAAAGGAAUUAUCUGCACAUGUUGUUGGUCAAAGUCAAGCUGUUAAAGCUGUUGCUAAUGGUAUUAGACUUACAAGAUCUGGUUUAGCUAAUCCAAAUCAACCUGCGUCAUUUUUGUUUCUUGGAUUAUCUGGUUCAGGUAAAACUGAACUUGCUAAAAAAUUGGCGGGAUUUUUAUUCAACGAUGAAAAAGCAAUGAUAAGAAUUGAUUGUUCAGAACUAUCUGAUAAGUGGUCAUCAUCAAAAUUAUUAGGUAGUGCACCAGGUUAUGUUGGAUAUGAAGAAGGUGGUAUUUUAUCAAAUGGAUUGGCAAGACAACCUUAUUCGGUCGUUUUAUUUGAUGAAAUUGAAAAGGCUGCUCCAGAAGUGUUGACUAUUUUUUUGCAAUUAUUAGAUGAUGGUAGAAUCACUUCAAGUGCAGGAAAAACAAUUGACUGCUCAAAUUGUAUUGUUAUUAUGACAUCCAAUUUGGGUGCAGAAUAUAUUCUCUCAUCAAGAGGUUCAAAAGUUACACUCGAAGUAAAAGAACUAGUGUUAAAUGUUGUUAAAACCCAUUUUAGACCAGAGUUUCUUAAUAGAAUUUCUGAGACAAUUGUUUUUAACAAAUUGUCAAGAAAGGCAAUCGAAAAAAUCAUUAAAAUCAGACUUGAAGAAAUUACUGAGAGGUUUGUCGAGAAUAACAAAAACAUCAAAUUGGACGUUAGUGAAGAUGCUAUUGAAUGGUUAUGCCGACAUGGUUAUUCCGAAGAUUUGGGUGCUAGACCAUUGAACAGAUUGAUCCAAACUGAGAUAUUAAACAGACUAGCUAUCUUGAUAUUGAAGAACCAGAUACUCAAUAAAGAGGUGGCAGUGGUGGAACUAAAUCCCAACGGUAGAGGAUUGAUUGUCUUACCAAACCAUGAGGUUCAAAAUGAAGAAAUGGAUGUUGAUGUCGAUGAAUGGAACGAUGAAAACGAUGAAGAUUGGUCUGAUGAUGGCAUCAAUCUUGACUAGAUGCUAAAUGUUUCCGGUUAAUAAGAUUAUAAAAUGUUUUUUGUGUUUUGUUUUUUACUUGUUUUUAUGUAUUUUUGAUUAUAUAGUUUUUUUUAGUUAUUCUCUGGUAUAUAUUGGCGUAAUUUAACACGACCUUGGUAGAUUAAAAG